AUGUCCCAUAAUAACUACUUGCCCCAUUUUCUUUCUUCAAUGACACACAACACACUCUAUAAUGAAUAUAAGGAUAGUACUAGUGGUGUUAGUUUUAAGUUUUGGAAUUGGAAGUGCACAACAACUAAUUAUGCACCUUACAGAAUUGACUUUCCUGGCGGACCAACUGGAAGGUUUUCUAAUGGAAAAACUUCUGUUGAUGUAAUUACUGAGAAAUUGGGAUUCAACGGUCACAUAUCUUUGUAUGCAUCGGCUAGAGGCCGAGACAUACUAAGAGGAGUCAAUUAUGCUUCGACAGCUGCUGGAAUUAGAGAGGAAACUGGACAACAAUUAGGAAAAAGAAUUAGUUUUAGAGGUCAAGUGGUAAAUUACCAAAGGACAAUGUCUCAGUUAGUAAAUAAUUUUGGAGAUGAGAAUACUACUGCAAAUUAUCUAAGCAAAUGCAUUUAUACAAUUGGAUUGGGAAGUAAUGAUUACCUUAACAACUAUUUCAUGCCUCAAAUCUAUUCUAGCAGUAGACAAUUCACACCACAACAGUAUGCUAAUGUUAUUCUUCAAGCAUAUGCUCAACAACUCAAGAUUCUAUAUAACUAUGGAGCAAGGAAAAUGGCAUUAUUUGGAGUUGGUCAAAUAGGUUGCAGUCCAAGUGAAUUGGCUCAAAACAACCCAGAUGGUAGAACAUGUGUAGCUAGAAUCAAUUCUGCAAAUCAGUUAUUCAACAAUGGAUUAAAAUCUCUUGUUGAUCAAUUCAAUAACCAAUUUCCUGAUGCAAGAUUCAUCUAUGUAAAUGUUUAUGGUAUUUUUGGAGACAUCAUAAACAACCCAUCAGCCUAUGGUUUCAGAGUAACAAAUGCUGGAUGUUAUGGUGUAGGAAGGGAAAAUUUGACUAGGAUAGUUUACGAAGAAAAGCGCAAGCUAAGGCUGGGAAAAGGAAAAAACAAAAUUGUAACAGAAUUUCUAAUUUCCCAUAACAGUCCAAACAUAAUUGUGACAGAAAUUUCCAACUAA